CGCCCUGACUGGAAAUUGUUUCUUUGUCUUCGGUAUGCUGUAAUCUAUGAAAUUAUAUUGAACAAAUUGAAUCACCGCAUACCCAUCCGAAGAACAAUUUAACAGCAGCGACAAUGGCUCCACCAGCCCCUGGAAUCAAGGUCAACGAAAACGGCAUCCCCGACUUCGAAGACCUACCCCUUCGGAAGGGAGACCCUCACCUCUCGGCAUGGGGCUUAUACGGCGACAAAGACGAAUUAGGGACUCUAAACCGGCUAACUGACGAACGAGUCGCCGCCGCAGCCAAAAGCGAGAUUAGGACAGGUCACCGAAUCUCCCUCAACUGGCCCUUAGACGCCCAAACCGAAGAGUCCUUCUUCGCGCGGCAAGUUUUCCACCAGCAACUAAUCCGCAAAGACCCACGCACCGUGAACGACGACGUCUGGACCUUCAACUCGCAAGUAUCAACACAAUGGGACGGCCUGCGCCACUUCGGCUACCAGCGAGAAAAGCUCUUCUACAACGGCGUGACCCAAGACGACAUCCACGGUUGCGGUCCCGACGGGAAGAAAUCCACCGUCAACGGAAUCCACGCCUGGACAGCCCAAGGAAUAGUAGGCCGCGGCAUCCUCCUCGACCACCACAGCUGGCGCCAAUCCCAACCCAGCAGCACCCUCCCCCCCUACGACCCCUUCACCACGCACUCCAUCCCGCACUCCGAACUCCUCGCCUGCCUCGCCGCCCAAAACACCGUCCCCAAAUUCGGCGACAUCCUGCUAAUCCGAUCCGGCUUCACCUCCUCCCUGCGCUCCAAACCCGCCUCCUUCAUCUCCACCCACCGAACCAAAACCCCACACCCCUUCGGGGGCGUCGAACGCUCCCCCGAAAUCCUAAAAUGGAUAUGGACGACCUUCUCCGCAGUCGCCGGUGACCAACCCAGUUUCGAGAGCUGGCCCGCGCCGGCAGAUGCGCCGUACGCGCUGCACGAGGUGCUGCUCGCGGGGUGGGGGUGUCCGAUCGGGGAGCUGUUCGACCUGGAGGAGCUGGCGGAACAUUGCAAGAAGGAGGGGCGGUGGAGUUUUUUUGUCUCGAGUGAGCCGUGUAAUGUGCCUGGCGGGGUGGCGAGUCCGCCGAAUGUGCUUGCGAUUUUCUAGGGGGAGGGGUUGCUUAUCUGCUUUUUUACGAUGUAGGUGGGUGGGCGCCUAAGGUUAGGUGCGAUGUCUAAGCUGGCAAAGGAGAGAGAGGAUACAGUAACGGGAGGUGACGGGGGGAAGAUUUGGUGAGCGAAAGUGAAUUUCUUUACGAAGGAAUACUCUUUGAUGGAAAUCUCUCGGCUAUCAACCCGGCCUUACACCGGUCAUAGCAAAGCUACGACAGUUUCAUGCGCCCGUUACGCGAGGAACUCAAGUAGCAAUCUCAUAAGCGACGAGCCUAAAUAUAUACGAUAGAGUAAGGCCUUAGGAAAGCAGAGCAAGAU